AUGGUGUCUGUAUCGAACUUGUCCGCGAUCCCGGUUGCCACCGGGAAGAGUGUGCUUAAGACGAUGGUGGCCAUCUUCAAGGAAGAGGCUGACGUUCCACGUGUGCUGGGUGAGUCAGAGGCGUUCAUCGCCUAUACGCUCAAGAACCGUCGUGCGAUUCGGCUCAUCUGUCGCGCCAACAACGAGCGUGGAGCGUUUCGGCUGCACGAGAGCCCCGUGCAUGACCUUCGUUUUGUCAACUUUCACAGCAACGUGGCUGCCUCUGCGUCCUCCAGUGACUUUUAUGUGUGGGUAGCGGUGUUCGAGCGAGGAGGUGCUGGCCAGCGAGCUGGUGAGGACAAGUCCGCCUCCGCGGAGGGGCGUCUGACGGUGAAGCCAUAUUUUAAACUUGUCGACAAAGUAGUCAUCAACACGUUCCACUUCUUCAUCAACCCCACGAGCAGCAUGCCGGACCUCCUCAUGCUGUACGGCAAGACGGCCGCAGUGCUAGAGAGCUCGAAGCUUAUCUCAGAGUACUCGACGAGCAUGCUGGAGGCAAAGCUGAGCACAACAAGUCGCGAGCUGCGCCAGCUGCCGCAGGAGUCUUCGCUCAGGAGCAUAUGCACCACCUUCAGUGGCAGCUGGCUAGCCUUCACGUCGGAGGCGACGAGGGUAAUGGCGUGUACCCUGCGCAACACGACAACACCGGCAUGGAGCGGGUGCGAGGGGGAUGAGAUUGUACAGCUCAGCUUCGUCGGCAGCCAUGCAGCGGGGGCGGGUGAUAGUGCUACCGCGCCGGCAGCGGACCCCAGCAGCGCCCUGCUUGCCGUCAGCUCCAAGAUAAAGGUGUGUUUGUGGAAGCUUACCGGUGUCGCAGAGCCAGCGCUGCAGCGCACCUUCACGUUCGGCCGCAUUGUGACGAUGCUCACGUCUCGCAACGCCAUGGCCAUCUUCAAUGACGAUGGCCAGGUGGCGCGUGUUCAGCUGUGCAGUGAAAACGACUUCGACACCACAGUGUACAACAUGGGCUGCGCGGUACGGCCAACAAGCGUGUGCUACCACGAAUCGACCCGCUUCGCCACAGUACUUGUCGACGCCGUCAAGGAGCUGGACCUGUACCAGCUUGCCACGAACACCAACACACCAAACGCGUCGUCUCCGAUCUCCGCACCGGCGAAGGAGGCGACCGCAGCUGCGGCAGCUCCCGGGUCGCGCAGCAACGUCACACCCUUUGUCGACCCCUCCAUCAUCAGCACCGGGAUCCCGUUUCGUCCGGCCCAGAGCAGCCACGCCGCUGCUGCCCCUAUUCCAGCGUCGGCGUCGGUGGCGGCUAUCAGCGCGAACCCAAUGGCUACAACGGCCGUUUACAACAACGCUCGCAGCGCUCUCCAGAACGCCACCCUCCCGCAGUCUCUCGACGGACUUGUGGCCAGCGCCGUGUACCAAGGCGACGAGGCCCUGCGCCGCACCAUCGAGGGCCUGCUGAACGUGGUAAAGAACAUUACACAGAUCCUUCAGCUCACCCCCGACCAGCUCAUGCGCGACCAUCAGCAGCUCAUCUCGCUGGCUCUGGAGGCGCAGAUGACGGAGCUUCAGCAGGCCGUGAGCACGUCGGCGGCGGCGGCACCUGCCGCGCCUGCCGCCGCGGCGGUAAACAGUCGCCAUUCCCAGGCCUUCAACAGCUACGCGCUAGCGAAGCUUCUGGCGCCUGUCGCGAGCGAGAUUGCCACUGGCGUGACGCGCGGAGUGCGUGAUACUCUCCGAACUGAGCUGGACACCGCCGUGAGCGCCGCCUUCAACUCGAACAUUCGUGCCAAUCAGAAGGAGGUGCUGCGCCGUCGCCUGGAGGAGGUGCUGCAGGAGACACCACGGAUGCUCGGAGAGAACGCCGUCAAGUGGAUCGACGCGUACGUGGAGCGGGAGCUGAGCGAGUCGCUGGCCCGCAUGAACGCAAGCAUGAGCGCCUUGGAGGAGCAGAACCGCAAGCUGCAGGCGGCCUUGACGCAGAUCGUGAACUCGGGCGUUAUACAGGAGGUGGAAGCCAUGCGGGCAGAACUCGUGGAGCUCCGCGCCGCCAUCCGGAGCGGUGAGGGCAUAACUAACAACGGCGCUGCGGCUGGUGCUGGUACAGCAGCGACGCCGUCCCCGCAAACGGUGAUCGAAAUGGCGGAGAAGUACAUAAAGGAGGGUCGUAUUUCGCAGGGCCUUUCGUACGUCGUAAUGGCGCAGAACGCUCGCUGCUGUGUGCAGCUGUUGGACCGCCUCUCGGAGGAUGACGUGGCAAGCGUCGUGUCUGACACAGAGACGUCGGAAGCGACUUGGGUGAAGCUGAUCAUGCAGAUGUGCGAGCAGGAGGCAACGGAGACACCAGACGAGCUUGAAAAGGUCGCAUCUUUUCUCUUCGACGUGCUGUCGGAGCACGAUGAGGUAAUCGCCAAGAAGACGGCCAAGGCGCAGCAAGUCCGCAGCGACGUGCGCCACCUCAUCGCCCGUGCGCGCGGCAAAAUUGACCGCAGCGAAGGUCGCCGCGUGCUGAAGAACCUCGAAAAAAGCAUUCAGUAG